GAAAGGGGAAACAGAGCCAGGGCGGUUCCACUGAGCUCGUGUUUCCUGCCCAUCCUCUGACACCACGGCAGGAGGUUCCUAAAGCCUGAGUCAAGCUCUGGCAGGAUGGGAACUGCCCGCCGGGGAGAAGCGGCUCUCCCGCCCCCGGGUUCCUGGGAUGGUUAUUUCAGCAACCCCGGACACGGGACUGCUCCAGGCAGCCUCAUGUCGAGCUCAGCUUCCAAAGCAGCAACAACUGCUGCAGCCCUGCUGGAUGCCCAAGAUUACGCUGCCAAUGCCAGCGACUACCCCUAUGAGUACUUGGACGAGGAGGACUACGUGCAGUAUAGCCUUUGCACCAAAGAAGAGGUCCUUUCCUUCAGCAGGGCGUUCUUGCCGGCAUUUUACACCGGGGUGUUCCUGGUCGGCUUGGCGGGGAACCUUCUGCUCUUUGUUGUCCUCAUUCUGCACGUCAGGAAGAAAAAGAAGAUGACUGAGGUGUAUCUGCUCAACCUGGUGGUUUCAGACUUCUUCUUGCUGCUAACCCUUCCUUUCUGGGCCCUGUACGUUUCCCAGCGAGUGACCUGGGAUAUGCUGUGCCCCGUCUUAAAUGCCAUGUACACCAUGAAUUUCUACAGCGGUGUCUUUCUUGUGAGCUGCAUGAGUCUGGACAUGUACCUGCAGAUCGCUGAUGCUUGCUCUCCUCGCAGCUCCACGACGCAGAGGAAAUCCAUCCUCGUCUUGGUGGUGGUGUGGGUCCUUUCCAUCCUCCUCUCCAUUCCGGAUGGCCUCUUCACCACCACGAAGCAUAUCAACAACAAAACCAUCGUGUGCACCCGUGAUUAUGGGCAGAAACACUUAUUUUGGAAAGUUGUCUUUCAGGUCAUCCAAAACGUCCUGGGCUUCCUUUUUCCCCUCCUGUUGAUGGUGUUCUGCUAUUCCCGCAUAGCGUGCGUCCUCACCACGUCGCGGAUGCCCGGCUCGAGGAGAGCCCUCUGCUUAGUCUUCGCUCUGGUGGCCGUCUUCUUCAUCCUGUGGUUCCCUUUCAACAUCGUCCUUAUCCUCCACUCCCUGCAAGACGUUGGCGCGAUCCGGAGCUGCGAGAGGAGCAGGCAGCUGGACUACGCCAUUCAGAUCACAGAGAGCUUGGCCUUUGUCCACUGCUGCCUCAACCCCUUGCUCUACGCUUUUGUGAAGAAGCGGUUCCGGCUGUAUUUGUGGAAGAUCCCGCAGGCCAUCUGCAGGAGAAGUGCUUUUGUUGACAUCCAGCCCUCCGAGACGAGCCCCUCUUGCAGCAGGUACACUGCCCAGAUAGAAAUGCUGAGUAUCACAAACGCAUGAUAAAUAUUUACACAAUUUACGUUAUUUUUAUGUCCUCCACGCUCUAUUUUACUGGUCCUGGCCAUGCGAUGGGUCGGCGUGAGCCCACGGGGCUGCGUAGCCAGAGGUGGCAGCCUAGCACCGGCAUCCAGCUGAGGAAUCUCUGCGUUGGGAUUGGAAAACUACGUGUGGGAUUUGUUUCUGCUGUCACUGAAAGUGAUAAAAUGAUUCAAAAUGAUUGCUGUAGGUUUGUGCUAGAGCAGAGGAAGCCCCUGUGAGAGGUUUGUGAGGGAUUAGUGGGGGAAGGAGCGGCUU